AGAUAGCUAGCUGGUAGAUGACCAGUGUAAAUAUCCGGAUGACGAGCACAGAGAACGGUAAGGAGCACGAGGACAGCCCGGAGGUGAUCAUAGUGAACCCAAGUGCUACUCAGGGCGCUAUCCUCAAGGAUGGCGCUGGCAGGAGGGUAUCUCAGUAUUUUGGAGAUUACUCGUCCGUUGAUCUGAGUUGGGACAAGGUGUCAGUAGAUGUGCACGUGAAACGAGGGUUACUGUGCUUUCAGAAGGACCUGGGGAGAAAACAGUUACUCAAUAAUGUAAGUGGCUACGCUAGGAGUGGUCAAAUCUUAGCAAUCAUGGGUUCAAGUGGUAGUGGUAAGAGUACGCUGUUGAACGCCCUGGCUGGUCGGCCCAUGAGAGACAUGAGAGUUAAGGGUGAGAUCUGUGCUAACGGACAGCAGCUGGGGAGGGACAUUGCUCACAUAGCGUCCUACAUUCAGCAGGAGGACCUCUUUAUUGGGACUCUCACUGUCAGGGAGACCCUGCUGUUUCAGGCAAGCCUACGACUGGGCCAUUUGUCAGCUGAGGAAAAAAGAACACGAAUCGACGAAAUGAUCGCAGAGGGCGAACUAACGAAGGUAGCAGACUCUCUUGUGGGGGUACCCGGGAGUGAGACGCAGUGCUUGUCUGGAGGCGAGAGAAAACGUCUGUCCCUCUGUAUGGAGGUACUGUUAGGAAAGCCCAUGAUAUUUGCAGACGAGCCCACCUCCGGACUUGACGCCAGCAUGGCUGAGAAGAUCGUAGUGUUUCUAAAGAGGCUGGCAAACGCCCAGAGGAACAUUGUAGUCACCAUCCACCAACCCUCUUCGGACGUAUUUUCACUGUUUGACAACAUAAUGCUACUCCACAACGGUCAAGUAGCGUACUACGGUCCUCGAACGAACGCCUCCUCCUUCUUCACUAGCCAAGGUUACACCUGUCCUCCCGACUACAACCCGGCUGAUUUCUACAUCAAGACACUGGCUGCCCAAGCUGACAUCUCCGAACCUAACGGCAAUGGCACUGAGCGGGCAGGUGAACAUGAGCAGGCAGCUGGAGCUAACCUUGCAACUGUACAACCAUCUAGACAAACUCAGGACUUAGUUAAAGGCUACGAGAGCAGCCCGGAGAAGGGGGACUGCAGUAGGACGAUCAAGGAACUGUCCGCUAAAAAGCAACACCGCUUACGGCUGAACACUAGCGGGCGAGUAAGCUGGCUAACAGAGUUCAGAGCGUGUAUGUGGAGGAACAUCAAGAUACUCUCACGGAAUCCCAUCCUCAAUCAUAUCCGGGUUGUGCAACAUGUUGCUGUCGCCAUCUUCUUUGGCUUGGCUUUCCUUCAGCUCAAAAAGGAAGAGGUGAGAGACACUACUGGGUGCCUGUUCCUCAUUGUCUACAUGCUCUCACUGUUCGGUGUCUUCAACAAUAUUCAGGUGUUGCCAACGGAGCUACCCCUAUUUGUCAGAGAAUAUUCCUCUGGUACCUACUCUAUCUCUUCCUGGUACAUCGCUAAAGCUCUAAUAGAGGUACCAGCCUGUUUCCUACUUCCGCUCAUCUUCAACCUGAUCUGCUACUUUAUGAUCUUCAGAGAUCCCAUGUUCACCAAGUUUCUCUUUCUGUGGCUCAUUUCCGCUCUGGCUAUCCUCACUUCCACUUCCAUUGCUUACUUCGUGUCAGUAAUAGGCUGGGAGCCCUUGAAUACUCUAGCUAUUGCCCCCACCAUAUACGCUCCUCACUUCCUAUUUUGUGGACAGUUUAUUCUUAUUGGGAAUGUGAAAGAUUGGAUGCUGCCAUUCCAAGAGACGUCCUGGCUUCGUUACAGUUACGAAGCAGCAGUUAUCUCUCACUUCGGAGAUUAUGGCGGUAAAAUAGGUUAUUACCAUGAUGAUCCACCGAACCCAAAACCAGAAUCGUACAUAGACGGAGGAUCUGUGAUAGAAACACUGAUGAUGAAAGAGGACAAUCUGUGGACUGUUGAUGUGCCGGCUUUGAUAGGACUUACAUUAGGGUUUCACAUAUGUGCCUUUAUAAUCCUAUUCAUACGAUCUAAAGGAAAAUGAGGAGUGCUAGUUUGAUAAUUUGAUAACUAAGAAUCAAUCAAAUGUAUCGAUCCAACGUUUUUGAUCCAGAGUUGGUGAUGGCACAAGUUUCUGGGACUCUUUUGUAAAUAAUGGAUAUAAAUCAAAUUUUCAGAGUUUUGUGAUUAUCUACAGAAAUGAUAUGGCUCUUUCUUAAAGUUGCAUGAAUAUUGAUCCCUGAACCCCUGAAUUUUAGUUUGAUCCGGAUACAAGUCUUCUGAGUCAAGUAAGAUAUUUAUCAGUAUGAACUGUUUAAAUUUUCUGAUUUUUACAUUUCUGCACCAAAAUAAGCAUGCUCUUUUAAAAAAAGGUAAGUUUUUACUUGAUUUUUCAAGGCUAACCCACCAUAUUCAUGCUCUGAAUAAAUGUAAUACAUUUUAAAACAUUAAAUUGGACAUAUAUCAUAUUUUAUAAGAGCCUUACUAUCGCAGAUCUUGUAAAGCAGAACUUUUUAACAAUCCCCGUACUGCUUGCUUACCGUGAUUCAGGUCUAAUUUUAUGAAAGCUGAGUUUUUAAUUUGAAUCUUAUUUUGGAAUUUUUAGUUCAGAAUAUUUAUAUUUCAACAGAAAUUGCAGAAUUAGUUUGAUAAAAGAAAUUU